AUGCAUGUGGUCAACGGACAACAGUCUUAUAUAGGGACGUUUCAAGAGGAAGAGUUUGGCACCUUCCUUGUUCCCAGAAUGAAGCUACCUCUGGUUCUCCUGACCGCUGCGGCCAAUGUUGCUGGCGUCGUAGCACAUGCUACAUUUCAGCAGAUGUGGGUCAAUGGAGUAGAUCAAGGCAAUUAUUGUGCUCGCACCCCUGCGAACAACAACCCAGUGAGCAGCGUUACAUCCAACGAUAUUGCGUGCAAUGCCGGGGCGUCCUCUGCUGCUGGACUUUGCUCCGUUAAUCCCGGAGAUAAAGUAACUGUUGAGAUGCAUCAACAACCAGGCCAACGCAGUUGCUCCAACGAAUCCAUUGGUGGUGCUCACUAUGGGCCGGUUAUUAUCUACAUGGCCAAAGUCUCUGACGCCAAGAGCGCCGCUGGAUCCUCCGCUGCCUGGUUCAAGGUAGCAGAAAUGGGUCUUGCGUCGAGUAACCCAAUCUACUGGGCGGUUCAGGUUCUCAAUGAUAACUGCGGACACUACACAUUCACAGUACCCAACAUUUCCCCUGGGCAAUAUCUGCUGAGAGCCGAAGUGAUUGCGUUGCAUGUCGCGAACAGCGUCGGCGGUGCACAAUUCUAUAUGACUUGCUAUCAGCUCAAUGUUGGUGGCUCUGGAACAGGGAACCCACCCACCGUCAAGUUCCCCGGUGCAUACAAAGCUAAUGAUCCUGGAAUCCACUAUACUCUAUGGCUGUCUCAGACGACGUAUCAGAUCCCUGGACCUACUCCAUAUGGGACGUCCCCUGCGACACCGGCAAAGACUCCUUAUCCCAAGACGGCAACUUGGAACAAGGCACUCCAACCGUCAACUGUUCCCUCUACCCCGGCAUCGACCUCUAUCGCCGGAGGGGCAUAA